AUGCUCCAGCAGCGGGGGCGCCGCGGGGGCAGGCGGACCCCGGUGCGCAGCAUCCGGCCCUUCAGGUCCAGCGAGCACUACCUGGAGGCCAUGAAAGAGGACCUAGCCGAGUGGCUGCGGGGACUCUACGGGCUGGACAUCGACGCGGCCAACUUCCUGCAGGUGCUGGAGACGGGCCUGGUGCUGUGCCGCCACGCCAACGCCGUCACCGAGGCGGCCCUGGCCUUCCAGGCCGCCGCGCCCGCCCGAGCGCGCAGGCUCCCCUUGCCUCGGGCGGGGGUUCCCUGCAACGGGGCCGCCCGGCCUGGCACCUUCCAGGCGCGGGACAACGUCUCCAACUUCAUCCAGUGGUGUCGCAAGGAGAUGGGGAUCCAAGAGGUGCUGAUGUUCGAGACCGAGGACUUGGUUCUACGCAAGAACGUGCGGAACGUGGUGCUGUGUCUGCUGGAGCUGGGCCGCCGCGCCUGGCGCUUCGGGGUGGCGGCCCCCACGCUCGUGCAUCUGGAGGAGGAGAUCGACGAGGAGCUGCGGAGAGAGCUGGCCCUGCCCCCACCCGACCCGCCGCCUCCCGUGCCCCCAGUGCGCCGGCCCUGCCACUUCCGCAACCUGGACCAGAUGGUCCAGCGCCUUGUGAGCCGCUGCACAUGCCCCGUGCAGUUCCCCAUGGUCAAGGAGUCUGAGGGCAGGUACCGUGUGGGGAACUCCAACACCCUCAUCUUCAUCCGGAUCCUGCGGGACCACGUGAUGGUGCGCAUCGGGGGCGGCUGGGACACCCUCGGCCACUACCUGGACAAACACGACCCGUGCCGGUGCACGUCUCUCUCACACAAGACUGGCAGCUUCCUGAGGCCUCCAGCUACGCUGGUGCAGCAUGAAGUGAGGAUGCAGGACGGCCCCUGGCAGCACCAGCCCACCAUGACCGUCAGUCGCUCCCAGAGCCCCCUGCCCCCUGUGGACUGGGAGACCUAUACCUCUUCUGGCCGGAAGCUCAGGCCCCCAGCAUCCCCUGUUCCCAGACCCUGCAGUGCCAGGGGAGAAGGGGCGGGGGCGUCAUUCCCAAGGAGCCAAAUGUCCUUCACCCCCUCUUGGAAGCUGCUGCCGGCUGGGCACAGCCCACCCAGACCCCAAUCUUCACCCACCCCUCGGCACCCAGACCCAGGGGGCACAUCUUCAGGGAGGAGAGAGGACAGAGGUCUCCCUGAACCUACCUGGGGACGGACUUGCACAGGUGGGGUCCCCAAGGAGGCCGCCAGCCGGGGAACCCAUGCCAGUACCCCGACGCCUCAGACACUCCAGGCCCCUGCAGCCACCACCCGAGGGACACCAGCAAGGAGGGGCCCCAGUCCUUGCUGCCUGGGGAGGCCGAGGGUGGUCCAGGCUGCACAUCCUCAGCUGGGGGAGCCUGCAUGUCUCUCCUCUCCGUCUCAGAUCCCGGUGCGGCUGCCCCCCACCCGUACCCCCACCCCGGGAGGCAUCGCCCAUGGAGCCUCCACACCACUGCAGCUGCCAGAACCAGGCAGUGAGUUGAUUCUGUUGAGGGCCAGCCAUGGGGGCCAGCCUGAGUCCCCACCCAGGAACUGUGUUGAGGGAGGGAGGCAAGAAGGUCAGCAGGGGGACAGCGGGGACUCUGGGGAGCCCUGCGGCUGGGGUCCCCCUGAGCAAGAGGGGCACUCCUCGUCCCUGACUGGCAACCAUGGGCUCAAGAAUCUGUCCACCAGCCUGGAGCUGCUGCGGGUGGGAGAUGCCUGUCCCCGGGACUCGGGGUCCCCAUUUGUCCCACGCAGCGGUGUCUAUGUCCCCAGCCUGGGUGGACGAUGGGCCCAGCCUGGGGGUCCCUAUGACAGAGUCAUCCAAGAACUGGCUCAGAUGGACCUGAGAGCCUGGUGGACAGCCCCUCAAGGAUCCCUAAAGCUGACCAGUGCCCUCACCCCAGAAAGUCCAACAGGAAAAUCAGGAGACCGAGAGGGUGUGCCCGGGGCCAAGGGAGCCUCGAAUUCCAGGGGUGCCAGCAGGAGGAAGGGUUCUCCUCUAGGGACCCAGGGCUGCCCAUCCCCUUCCGCAUCUGCUGGGGAGACCCCCACUUCGUUUCCCUCAGACUCCAGACCCGACAAAGCCAGAACCAGUGCAGGCAAGGGCCGGAGAAUGCUCCGGAAGCCACAGAGGAUCCCAUCCAUCUACAAGCUGAAGCUCAGGCCCCGGAUUCGGCCCCGCAGAGACCACAGGCCAGAGCAGCGGCCUUCCAGGAUCCCCAGGCCUCUGGCCUACCUCCACCUGGCACCAGCCAGGGCACCCGCCAGACCCAGAAAGGCGAGAGCCACGCAGGGGGCCUGGGCAGCAGGUGGAGGCCAGGGCAGGGAAGAGGAGAAGGGAAAGGCGGGGAGCCAGCCUGCAGCCCCUCUGGAGCACAGCCCCCAGUCUGGGGAGGGGUCCGAGCUUCCCCAGCAGCAUGACUCCGCUCCAGCUCCUGCUGAAGAGGAGUCGUGGGUCUGA